CUUAACUUGUGGUGGAGCAGGGGUGUCGCCGGCUGACUCAGCGUGGACCAAACACCAGAUUAAUAAGGAUGAAAACUUCAACAGUCAAAAACGCAUAAUAAUGAAUCCUGUAACAAAAUGAAUAUGGAAGCGCCAUUACCACACUUUCAUCGACUUACAUCAUCACGAUUUUAUCAACAUUAUCUUUCGCCGCCAGUCCGUUUACCCAACGAUUAUGUCCAUGAUCUCCUUCCUCAACAGCAUCCAACACUACUUCAACAAUAUUUAGCCUAUUACAAUGAACCUCUUGUACCUCUCGAUUUAUCCCUUAAACCUACUACGCCAAUCACUCCGCCUUGUACACCGCCACCUAUACAAAAAAGAAAAAUAUGUGAUGAUAAAACUUCAAAGGCGACAAAAAUUUUUCGACACUUUGAAGAUGACACAGAAAAUAAAACCGAAGCUGAAGAGACAUUAGAGAAGAAUAAAAGGGUGGAAGAAAAUUCAAAUGACAGUGAUAGUCCAGAAGCUAAGAAACUAAAAUUUACCAAAAGAUUUUUUGACGAACUUAAAACCUGCCUUCCACCAGAAUCAGAAAUACCAACAAAAGGCGAAAGAAGUUCUCCUUGUAUUGUAGAGAUAAAAGAUGUUGAAGAACGUCCUAGAAAAUCACCAAAACCGACCACUCAACCUCUAAAGAAAAGUAAAGCAGUUAGAAGAUUAAUGUUUGAUGAAGAUAAGACUUCGCCAGUAUCUGGAACGAUUAUACGUGAUUUAGAAGAGGAUGAGACGCUUGUAGUGAGAAAGGGUGACAUUGAUCCAGCUUUUAAUGUGGUUGAAGUGACCGAUGAAGCAAAAGCAUUGAUAGCAAGUAUUGAGAACCGUCUUGGAAGGUACAUCUGUAGAUUAUGCCGAAGACUCUACAGCGAUGCAUUUGCUUUGGCGCAGCAUAGAUGCUCAAGGAUUGUUCAUAUCGAAUACAGAUGUCCGGAAUGUGAUAAGGUAUUCAACUGUCCAGCGAAUUUAGCAUCUCACCGACGUUGGCACAAGCCCCGAGUCCCUGGUGCCACCAAACGCAGAGAAGCACCAUCCACAGAUCCCGGCCGCUUUCCUUGUCAGCAAUGUGGAAAGUUGUUCAGAAGACAAGCCUAUCUGAGAAAACAUCUCUUAGCCCACGAGCAGCCUGAAAACGAGCCCGAAAAGGAACCAUCUGCAUUUAGGCAGGUUCAGGCGGAAUAUUCUACUUUCCAAUCGGAACCAAAUCGUGACAGCAAUUUCAACACGUUUUGGAACAAGAUACCACCACCUCAGCAAGAGAUGAACUGGGAGGAGCUCCGCCCUCGGUGCGUAUCGUCCUGUUCCUCAGAAGACUCGAGGAGUCUGGAUGUAACGGGCUCGGAAGAUGAAGGUGGGGGUUUAGGAGAUGGGUGACGGCGCAUAUUGCGGCCAGUGCCGCGAUUCCCCACUUAUGCACCUCUCCCUAAUGCUCUUUACGCCUACACAUCUUCGUACACUAACGACACUCACUUGUAUUUUUCUUAGAAAAAUAUAUAUGAUGAGCGUUUAGUAUUGUUAUUAUAUAACAGAUUUAAAAGUCGUAGCUAUUAAUCACAUAUCAUGGUUAGAUGUAGUAUAUACUGUUAUAAAAAACACAUUAUUCGCAUCAAUUUUAGAUUUCCACAUUAAAUUAAUAGGUUUCUAAGCCUCGUCUCUGAGCUAUUUGAUUGAGUGUUAUAUCUAUAUUUUUAACCAAGUACCUUACCCUUUCACUGUCCAGAGUUGAUCUACUUAAAUAAUUGUUUACUUAAAUAAGCAGAAACAUCCUAAACAAUUUCUUUUAAUAUUUAUA